CUCAAUAAUCAAUCACAGGUACUGUAAACUUUCUUUAGUAUACACAAUUGAGAACUUUCAAAGCCUCUCAUACAAUUUUCUCGAAUCUAUAACCCUCAUUUUUCAUCUUCAUCUUCAUCUUCAUCUUCAUCUUCAUCUUCAUCAUUUUCCCUCAUCUCCUCAAAUCCUCAAAAAUGGCAGGCAAAGCCCACCAAUCCCUCAAUGUAAUGAAAAAACCCCUCGGUCUCUUCAGCAAAGACCCCAUGACCGGUUUCUACCGCACCGGCUUCUGCGACGUCGGGCCUGAAGAUGCGGGGAAUCAUUCGGUUGCUGCAACACUAACAGACCCCUUCCUGGACUUCACCGCCUCGCGCGGCAACGACCUCCGCGGCGUCGGGCUGACCGCGGGCUGUAAAUGGUGUCUCUGCGCUUCGAGAUGGAAGGAGGCUAUGCUGUUUGCUAAGGAAAAGGGAGAAGGAGGGGGGAAGGAGGGGGAGGGGAAGGGCGAUGUGGGGAAGGGGGAUGUGGUGCCCAAGGUGCAUUUGCAUGCUACGCAUGAGAGGGCGUUGGAUGUUGUUGGGAUGGAGGAUCUGAAGAAAUAUGCAGCCGAGCCGGAGGUCGGGAAUGCGAGUAAUGUUGCGCAGAGUAGGAAGGGGGGCAUGGGAGGUGCGGUGAAGGAGAGGACGGAGUUGGCGGGGAAGGAGGGGAUGACGAGUCGGGAGUAG